GCCGGCGCGGCCGACCCACACCAACCCACCACUCGCCGGCCCGGGCUAGCUCCGACCCAUCCCGUCGUCACCGCGUCCGCGGACUUCCUAGCUUUUAAUAAACGCCGCCACAUGCUACGCCGCGAACUCAUUGCAUUCCGCUCUCGUCUCGCCCCCAUGUCGCCGCCGCCGCCGCGCCGCAUCCUGGUCCUCUUCGCAGCCCUCGUGUGCGCCGCCGUCUCUGCCCAUGGCCGACUCCUCAGCCCAGACGGGCUCCCGGGGAGCGCCUCCUCCGACGCAGCGCUCCGCCUCCCAUCGGAGCAGCAGCAGCAGCAGCCGGCGCCGCUGCGGGCGGCCGGGGAGGAGGGGUGCGAGAUGACGUACGGGUUCCUCCCGUGCACGACCACGGCGGGGGGGAACCUCUUCCUCGCCCUGGCCUACGGCUUCCUCAUGUUCAAGGCCGCCACCUACCUCUCCGCCGGCAGCGAGCUGCUGCUCGAGAUCCUCGGCCCCGGGAUCGUCGGCGGCCUCUUCCUCCCCAUCCUCGGCGCGCUCCCCGACGCCCUGCUGAUCCUCGUUUCUGGCAUCUCUGGUACUAAGGAGGUUGCUCAAAGUCAGGUUUUGAUUGGAAUGGGCUUGCUUGCGGGGUCGACAGUCAUGCUUUUAACCGUACUCUGGGGAUCUUGUGUUGUUGUUGGUAAAUGUGACCUGACAGAGGAUUCAACUCCAAUUGAUUCCCGUGAUACGAAACGCUUCAGUCUUUUUGGCUCUGGUGUUUCCACUGAUCUGCAGACCAGCUAUGCAGCAAGAAUCAUGGCGAUAUCUGUUCUUCCCUUCAUUGUUGUUCAGAUACCGAAAAUUCUGAGGCUCCAUUCUGGUCAACGUUUAACUAUCCUGCUUGGGUUUAUUGUUGCGGUGCUACUUCUGAUUACUUAUUGCCUAUAUCAGAUCUUUCAGCCAUGGAUCCAGAGGAGAAAGUUAGAGUAUUCAAGACUAAAGCAUGUAAUGUCUGGACUUCUGAGGCACGCCCAGAAGCAUGCUUUUGGUCGCCUUUUUCAUGAUGAUGGAACACCAAAUGUUCCUGUGAUAGAGAAGUAUGCCACUGGCCCACAUUGUGCCGCUUACCUACACUUGAUAAAAGAAAUUCUUUUAAAUGAUGCCGUUAAAAUUUGCAGGUUAUUUCACAAAAUUGAUCUGGACAAUGAUGGAAGGAUAGAACGUGGUGAAAUACAAGCUUUCAUAGUUGGCGUUCAGUUUGAAGAUAUUGACUUGGAUAGUAACCUGGCUGCAGACCAAGUCAUGGCUGACUUUGAUAGAUCACAGAAUAGUUUCAUCGAAAAGGGGGAAUUUGUUGAUGGGGUCUUGAGAUGGCUGGAAGAAGCUAAGCGUGCUGUUGUUGCUUCUGGUGCCUACUCAAAAAAGUUUAUGGAAGAUUUUCAUGCCACGGCAAGGGAUGAACAUGCUGCACUGCUUAACAAGGAUGAAGAGGAUGGUGAAGCUAUUGAAAAUCGAACCUGGACCUGCUUUAAGGCCGUUUUACUUUUGCUUCUGGGAGCUGCAAUGGCUGCAGCAUUUGCAGAUCCACUUGUUGAUGCCGUGCACAAUUUUUCAAGUGCUACAAGUAUACCUUCUUUUUUCAUUUCCUUCAUUGCGAUGCCUUUGGCUACUAAUUCCAGUGAGGCUGUCUCAGCAAUAAUCUUUGCUAGCCGAAAGAAGCAGCGCACUUUGUCUCUGACAUUCUCUGAGGUCUACGGUGGAGUGACCAUGAACAACACGCUCUGCCUUGCCGUGUUCUUGGCUCUCGUGUACUUGAGAGGCUUAACCUGGGACUUCUCGUCGGAGGUCCUGGUCAUCUUCCUCGUGUGCAUCAUAAUGGGUCUCUUCACCAGCUUCCGGACCAAGUUCCCGCUCUGGACGUGCUUCGUCGCCUUCCUUCUGUAUCCCUUGUCGCUGCUCAUGGUCUACAUCCUUGACUACAAGUUUGGCUGGUCGUAGUCAGCCUGACCUCAGUAGUGAUUAGUGAGGAUACGUCUGAUGUAGAUGGGAGAAAUGUAGGCAUGAACCACUUGUCUGCUGCUUGUAAACCUCAUCGGGUAUCAGUGUUAGCUGGGAUCGAUGGAUUGCUGGCUUCGUACAGCGUGACAAAAUGCAUACUUCGGACAGUCACUAAUAAGCUAAGAUGGACUCUGUAAUACGACAUAUUUAUGUUCGGAACACCAGAAACGGUGUCACUUACUCACUUCUCCGGUCUAAGAUAA